UUCAUCUUCAGUCACUCCAGGAAACACACAGCAACCCCAACAGCAGGCAGACAACAGUCUCUCGUUCCCAGGUGUCUUCACAGCGGCAGGAGGUGCUGAUGGAGAACGUGACCCGGAUGUCGGAGCGCUCUCGGCUGCUCCAGCAGAACCUGGGCGAGGCGUCCACUCAGGCCGACCUGCUGGAGAACAUCUGGAAACUGGAGAAUCUCUUCCAGAAUCACAGCGACUGGCUGCAGAGGCUGGAGAUCCUCAUCAAGGGCCUCGAGGUGGAGCUGAGGAGCAUCCAGGCUCACUCCCUUCAGUCAGAGAGCUACCUGGUGCAGCUGGAUGACAGGUUGUCCUCUCUAAGCAGCUCCACCGGCAGGAACCUGACAGGCCUCAGUGUGGAGGUGUCCCGAGCCUCCACCUGGCUCCGUGACCAGGACCUCCUGUUCAGGGAAUCCUCCGGACAGGUGAGCUGGCUGAGAGAGAAACUGGACGAGGUCAAUUGGACGGUGGGAGCUGUCAAUCACACCUUCAGCAAUGACAUCAGUAUUCAUCACCUGAAGAUACAAGACUUGCAGAUCCAGAUCAGCAACAUAACAGAGGACACCAGCAGUUUAUGGGUGACCCAGGUCCACACGGAGGCCCAGCUGAGGAACGAGAUGGAGAUCCUCAACACCAUCACAGAGGACCUCCGCCUGAAGGACUGGGAGCACUCCCUGGCCCUGAAGAAUCUCACCAUAUUUGAAGGUCCUCCGGGGCCGAAGGGGGAAAGGGGAGAUACUGGAAAACUGGGCCCCCCCGGAGCUCCUGGGUUGACAGGCCUGAGAGGGUUUACAGGAGAAAAGGGGAUCCAGGGCAACCGGGGGAUAAAAGGGUCGGUCGGAGUCGACGGUUUUCAGGGAGAAAAAGGCGACAUUGGACAUCCUGGUCCCAGAGGUGACAGAGGAGAAAGAGGGUUCAAGGGGGAGAAGGGGGAUCGAGGAGACCGAGCAGACAAAACGGUUGAGGAGACCCUGGUGCGGCUGGUGAACGGGUCAGGUCUUCAUGAAGGUCGUGUUGAGGUUUUCCACGAACGCCGCUGGGGGACGGUGUGUGACGACACCUGGGAUAAAAAGGAUGGCGACGUGGUGUGUAGGAUGCUGGGAUACCAAGGAGCCGCGGAGGUCCAUAAGACCGGACGCUUCGGACAGGGUUCUGGUCUGAUCUGGAUGGAUGACGUGGCGUGUGCAGGGAAUGAAGACACCAUCCAACAGUGUAAGUUUUCUGGCUGGGGAAAAACCAACUGCGGCCACGUGGAGGAUGCUGGUGUGACGUGUGCCGUCUAAAAGCUGAUCCUGACGCUGCUGCAGCGGCCUCUCCUCUCCUCACACCGUGCCUUAAACUCUGAAGAAGCUCCACGGUGCACAAGAGAGUUGUUUUUUUUACCUGCGAAAACAAAAAAGUGACAAACCUCCACGUCGUGCACGAACUAAAUCUGCAGCUUUUAUUUGAUUUGUUUUAGAAGUUCAUGAUUAAACAUCGUUUUUGCUACAAGACUGAAUCACGAGGAACAAUAUGAACUGGGGACGAACUCUUCAUCAGACGGAUCUACAGAGCUCCGCUCACAGGGUCCACCUCGCCUGGGGUCAGGUUUGUUGUUUCUGACCUAAAGUGUGGAUUAUAAACUAAUCCAACAACUUCUUCAUCCCAGAGUCGACAGGACGGACAAAGGCAGCUGCUCUUCACAGUAUUAUGAGUGAUGCUAAACAUACACAGUGUUGCCUUAUUAUUCAUCAUAUAGUGUUUCCUAGUAAGCGGUGGUUUGCAGGUCAAAAACUUAAAAGGUGUCCUGUGGAGUUUUCUGUGUUCUGUACAUUUCUUUAAUAUUUUUAACCAUGCAUUGUUUACAUCCAUGUUUGCUAGAGAGCUUCUUCCUUCUUCAUGAUUCAAACAUUUCUCCGCAGCGCUAUUAGAGGUCAAACUCUCCACAGGACACUUUUAAAUGAACAUUAAUGUUUUUAAAAAUAUUUUCUAAUCAAUAUUUUUACAUUUUAUACACAGAGAAUUAUUACGUACAGUCUGUAGCUCAUUGUUUUGGCGUUAUGUUACCUGCCCGGCAACAAAGGACACAAAGGGUUAAUGACCAGCUGGGGACUUGAGUUUAAACAAUUAGCAGCUAAGCAGUUGGUGGAGACCAAAACCGAGCUGAAAGGAAAAGUGAAUAUUGGAUUUCUAUCCGUCAGUUUAACAGAAACACGACUCGAGUUAAAGUUGUUCUGUUUCUGCUGGAUGUGUAAACUGGCACAACAACUUCAUUAUAUAUUCUAGAGUGGAAAGAAAUCAAUUACUGCAGCUUUUUAAUACAGUUUGAACCUCAACAUCUUGACGUCUUUUAACCUGCAAAUCACAAAAACUGUGUGUUUAAAACAAAAUGCAACUAACAAAGAUUUUGAAGUGUUAUCGGUCACUGCAGCUGACGCAUGAAGCGAUUGUGAAGAACACAGAACAGAUGAGUAUAAGCAGAUGAAUGCAUAGACGUCCGUACCAUUUACAAUCAUCGGUGCUCACUGCCAAAAGGUGGGUUGUUUCAGCAAUAAUGCAUAUGUAUACACACACACACACACACACACACACACACACACACACACACACACACACACACACACACACCCAUAACAGACGAGCUUUUAUGCGUCUCUCUGUGGGGUUUAAUCUUUACGGCUGCUCUUGAAUCCAAAAAGGCUGAUACCUCCCAAGUGUACUUGCAGGAACUUGUCUCUUCACCCGGUCGUGUUUUAUAUUUGAAGAGGGAAAACACAUUUUAGUGCACCUUAACAUUUGGCAAACUCACAAACCUCAAAUAGCUCGAGUUGAAUUCCCUCUGCUCUUAUAUGUUGUAGUGAAAUCGUUCUGCGUAAGCUCUCCGACUUUAAACAAAUUGUCUGGCCCACCUUCUUCUUGAAUCUGCGCACAUGAUGUUCAUGCACAGUCGAGAGGUUGUGUCCAUGUGAGGGAGGGGGAAACUAAAAUGUUGGAUAUGAAUUUGACUUUCUCUACCUCAUGUUCAAGCGCCUCGUGUUUGUUCACGGUUUCUGAAAAGGGAAAAUGAGGUGAGAAGCCGGACUCAGAGAACUCACUCAAGAGUCAUAGAGUUUUCUACAUUAGCACGUUCCUUAAAGAUGUUUCACGAGGUUUGUAGACCGUUAAAUGAAAGCAAUAACACCCCUAAAUGUUUCUUACUGCAUCAUUAUUAGUAUAAUUAGAAUUAUAACACACAAAAGAUACUUUAUACACUUUAAAUUGUUUAAGUUUUUGCACUGUUUUUGCACAAUUUCUAGACAAACUGAAUCUCUUAAUCUGGAAAGUAAUUGUAAAAGUAACACGUUAAAGAUGAAAUGCAACGUAUAUUAUAUAUUCUUCCCAAAUUGUUCUCUGAUAUCAGGCAGGAGGAAUUCUCUUCUCCACGCUGGAAGCGAUAAAACAUAAUGUGACAUGUGAAAUACAGCAGCUGACGGUGACCGAAGCUCCUUAAAGGAUUUCUGGGCAACCAAACCAUCCAAGUGUAAGAAACAAAGAGAUGAUGACAGAUCUUUCACUGCAGCUCGCGGCUGCCAAAAGUACAACCAUUCCCAGUUUGACACAAACGACCCACAUACAACCCUAAAACAGUCGAUGUGCAUUUAGUUUUCAGUGUUACCAGCUUGUUAUAUAUUGUGAUUACACCUUUGUGUCCAGCAGUUUGUUUCUUCUGCACUUCACGAGGUGGUUUUACUUAAGGAGGAGUGAACGGAACAAAUUAGACAUUUACAAGGUUAUGGAGUUUUAAACUUUCCAGCUAAAGUGGGCAUGAUUGAGUGUCAUAUUCUACAACACACACACACACACACACACACACACACACACACACACACACACACACUUGUACAAUAUCUGCUCUGUGCAGCACCAAAGUGUAGCUGACAGUAUGCCGAGUGGCAGCCAGGUCUUCAUGUCUCGUCCUGAUGACCCUCAUUCAUCUUGUCGAGGCGUCACACUCAGCUCUUUGGCAGCGGAGGAGCUAUGACUUUAAAGUUCUGCCUCUUAAACCAGCAGCCAACGAUAAACCUUGUGUGGAUUUACACUCUCAUUCGCUUAUUUGUCAUCUUUUAACCCGAGAAGCAAACACCUGACUGUUGAUUAAACUCCCACAGCCUUUAAUAUUCAGUAUUGUUAAACAACAACGUGCUUUGAGAGAAGCAGGAACUAUUAGUGCAGCGUGGAAGAAGUAAAGACUGAAGGGGAUAAAUAUCCUGACUCCACCCUGAGUGGGAUGUUUACUAAAACAAAGAAGUUCUCCUCAUUAUUAUAGGGUUAGGGAUUUGCCAAAUCUAAUUAAAAUAUACUCAUGUCAGUUGUUAAAGCACAACAUUUACGAUCUUGAAUGGUCAGCGAGGCGAACCGCAGCAGCUUGUGCACAUAUGUUUCAGAUAUUAUGGUUUGAGUCACUUCGGCCUUUUUCUCACCCGAUUUCAACAAAACAAAUCUCCUGCAACUCGUUUGCAAAUGAAGUGACCCCAACAGGCACCCUUACCUGAAGAUGAAGGAACUCUGUCAGUGUUUGAAACACUGCUGCUCACUGUCACCUGUAGGUGUAAUGCUGCUGCUGUUACUGCAUUCUACAUCCUGCAGGAUUAACUGCACUGUAUGGGAUCAUUUAGGCUUUUAUUUUAAAGUAAUAACAUUUGCUUUUUCCUAUUUUUUCUUCACUGACUGACAGUUUUGCUUCUUUAGUUUACAGUACGUAUGAAUAUACUCGUAAUGUUCAUGUCACAUGACCUUUUCUGUCUCCCUGAUACAAACGUUGCUCUUUAUGGCUCCCAAAAGAAACUAAAAAUGUUCUGGUAAAAACAAAAUGGUAUCAGCAGCUUGAAAUUAGUGCACUCGCAUAUCAAAACCUUAUGGGCACAAGUUAACCAGCGUGUCUCCUCCAGUUGACUCUUACAGUGAAAUGUAUUUUGACGGGCGUUGGGUGCAGCAGCCUCUCAGAUAUCUGCAGGAUGAAACUGUUGGGAUGUGACUCCCUGAUUGUUCGAGGCUCCUCUGACUUCGGCCGAAUGCCUUUACGUACUGAAAGUGAGAACACAUUGCAAAGUGCACUUAAAUAUGUCCUGUUCUAAAAUGUUGUACAAAGAUCUUACUAUGCUAUACUUUCAUAAUGUCUGUAAGCACAUAUGCAUAUACACGUGUUUUUAAUUACAUUGUGCUGGUCAUAACACAUAUAAGGGCUGUGGAGUUCACAACAUGCUUCAAUCAAACAUGAUUAUGUCAAGAAAAUACUGGAUACAGUGCUUCACGUUUACUCAGAAAGAAUACACUUUUUACUUCAUGUUCUGUCCAUUUGUACCACUAAAAUGCUGUAUAUGCACUGCUGAAAUAAUAAAAUGUAGAUUUGUUUAAA